UCCUUAUCUGUUUAUCAUUCGAACGCUAACGCAAUGAGUUUUACUUCGACUUACAACUAGUUUCUCAUUAACCGUAAGCGAUUUAGCAUAAAGUAAUUAGCGAAGAAGUUAAAAACACAUAAAAUGGUCAACUGUUGGCUCGGUAUAAUUAUUUUGUAUUUCCUGCUGCUCUUAAAUUGCCACCAGAGCACUGCCACCCCAAGUAGGCGCAUUAUUUAUAGAUUCACCGAUUGCAAUGCGGAACAAUUGCAACAUUUACCUAAACUCGCUGCGGUCUACGAGCUCUCCGCUGUCACGUGCAACAUUUCAACGCUACCAAAUGCGUACUUUACACGAUUCACCACACUCGCAGCGCUGGAGGUGCGCGAGAGUGGGCUGUCGAAGAUAGAGGAUAACGCGCUUAGCGGUCUCGAUCGCCUACAGUGGCUCUCGUUGCCCUGGAAUUACAUCACCAGCGUUAAGCCAUGGUGCCAGACGUCCCUUAAAGCACUGCACACUCUCGAUCUUGAGGGCAAUGCUGUGAAAGCGCUUACGGUUGAAAGCUUCGUACGUUUUCCAAAUUUACAAUAUCUCAGCUUAGCUUCCAAUAUGCUGGAGCGCAUCGAUGACGCUAUAUUCAUACACUUGCCGCAUUUGAAGCAUCUAAAUUUGGCUAACAAUCGCCUGAGUGUGAUUGACGCGUCGUAUUUUCGAGGCAUGCAACAUUUGGCACAUUUAUCAUUGCAGAAUAAUGCGAUUGAGCGUAUUUCAGCCGACAGCUUUGCAUCUAAUACACAUCUGCGUUCGCUACUUUUGAAUGGCAAUAAGUUGCAGGAUUUGGAUUUUCUAAGCAGCAGAGCUCUUCCACGCCUCUUGCAUUUAAACGUGUCGCACAACCAAAUAGAAACUGCCACUGUUUUCGGUUCUGGUGCUGGUGAAGGCGGUGAGUGGGCGUUGAUUGAUUUGGAUUUGAGUUGGAAUCGUUUAGGGGAAAUAAAAGUGGAGACACUUUCUGGAUUGUCUGGAAUUUUGUACCUCAAUCUCAGCGCCAAUACAAUUCGCCUGGUAGCAGCAUCUUGCCUGGAUAACCUCAUCAAUCUGGAAACGAUCGACUUGUCCGCCAACAAUUUGACCCGACUACCCGCCGGUCUGUUCGCAACAACCACCCAGUUACAGCGUGUCAAUUUGUCACGUAAUGCACUGACGGUCAUUCAGGCAGACCUCUUCGCCCGACUGCCCUAUCUGCGUACGUUGGACAUGUCACAGAAUCAAUUGUCGUCCGGCGCAUUCAUCGCUCAUCUCUCGCCGUUGCUGCCGCACUUUGCACUUACGCUGGAUUUAAGUGAGAAUCACUUAACGCGAUUCGAUGGUGAUGCCAUGGCUGCGUUGGAAGUGAGUGCAGCGAGUGUUGAUUUGUCCGGCAACUGGUGGCAUUGCCAAUGGCUCAUUGCUGAGUUGGUUCGCGCGCCAGCCCAUUUUCACUUUGGGCGCAAUUAUUCGCUAGCGGCGUCAUGGAGUGAGGCGCUGCUCAACGUGAGUGGCAUUGAUUGCUACGAUGCGGAGCGCGAACGCAGCAUUGUGGUGCUAGAUGCUGGGCGUUUAUGGGAGCGACGGUAUAGUAAGGGCGAUACUGAGUGUUCGACUUUCGUUGCUCCUGCCAUACCUACACCGCCUCCCUUGGCUUGGCCCCGUGUGCGUAUGGACCGCUUUGACUCACGCUCUAUAAUUAUAUGGAUGUUGAUUGCAAUCGGUUUGGCUUUUGCUGGCUUGCGCAUAGCACGUCAGUUGAUCGAUAGACGGGAGCAGCAUAGACGUUUGAAAAAACUCCGCGCAAUGAAGGCAGAGGAGCUCAGCAGAUUGACGACGUCAGUAAAAGUGAAAUCUAAUGAGGAACAAAAUUAACCAAGCGAAAUAGUUUGAAAUUUUUGAGAGACUCAUGGGAAAGUGUAGGACGUAAAAUUUAAUAAUUAUAAAAUUGCGUACAUUUGUAUUAUGUUAAUAAAUAUAAAAUAUUAAAUAACG